UUUUUUGACAUUGCGUCAUUUGCACCCCGUAUAAUUAAAUAUUUAAUUAUUAAAAAAAAAGAACAAAAGUCAGAUUUUUUUUACAAAGUGUGAUCAAAUUUAUUAAAAAUGUUAGGCAAGCUGCAAGUGUAAAAACCAAAAUCCAGUAAAUAUGGUAAUAGUUUUCCGGCUUUUGCCAAACAUCUUGGCAAAGGUCCCGUAUAAACCAAAAAUGGCUCUUAACUUAAUAGCUUUUGAUUUCGAUCAUACAAUCGUUGAUGACAACACAGACACAGUUGUUGCUGGAUUAUUGAACAAAACCCAAAUCCCAGAAUCUGUUAAAACACUCUAUCGUAAAGAUGGUUGGACUGCUUAUAUGCAAGAAAUUUUUAAACUGCUCCAUCAGAAUAAAGUCUCCCAAAAUGUGAUUUUAAACGCAGUCAAAAACAUUAAGCCAGUUAAUGGUGUCAAAGAUCUGAUACAAGAACUGCACGAUCAUCUUAACUGCCAUGUGAUAAUAAUCAGUGAUUCCAAUACAUUAUUUAUAGAAUGUUGGCUUAAAUUUCACCAAUUAGAUAGAUUAAUAUCAAAAGUAUUUUCAAACCCUGCCAGAUUUGACUCCGAUGGUAUGUUGCAUAUUGAGAUGUACCAUGUCCAAGACAAUUGCAAACUGAGCUCAAAGAAUUUAUGCAAAGGACAAAUACUGCAGGACUUUUUGAACGAACAAGAGAAAAAGGGAAUUAAAUAUGCAAAAACAGUGUACUGUGGAGAUGGUACAAACGAUUUCUGCCCAAUUUUAAGACUAAACAAAGAAGAUAUUGGUUGUGUUCGAAAUGGGUAUCGCUGUAUUCAGCUGAUUCAAAAAACUUUAAGUGGACAAAAAGUCGAUGAUGUUUUAUACAAAUUAAAGUGUAAUAUUUGUGAGUGGAAUGACUGUUAUGAUAUAUUAAAUUAUGUUAAACCAAGAAUAAUUAACGAAAUGGUGCACUGACAAUUUAUUGUUAUAUUUUUAAAAAUAUUUAUUAAAUUUUUCAAAAUUUA